ACACAAAUGUCAUCUUACAAGCGCCAUUUUUUUUCUGAUGUGUAGGAUGUGGAUGUCUGGACUACUAAAUUCUUGAUCGUGUUUACUCAAAGGGAUUUCUUCACAGCUGAAGCUUUGUUGCAAUAACUGAAAGAUAAGAAAUAAAGGGCAACAGUGAUCCACUAUGUAGCAAGGAAAAAUAUAUGUUGUUUGUACAUUAUAAUAUAUUAAAACUAGUCAAAACAUAGUUACACUCUCACCUCAAAAAACUGCCUUUCCACUUUUGGGUUGAUGCCCUCGGUGCGUUGCUCGUAGCAACAAAUGAUGCAGGUCUCUGGUCCAGCGAGCAGCUUCAAGGUCUCCACCAGUGGAGCAAUCGACUGUGCGGAUGACAGAUUUAGUACACUGUUGUUAGUAGAUAUAGUGACACUCGGACGUGAGUCGAAUUUGGAACUACCUGUUCAUAAUAAAUACAAUCUGCCAUGAGGAUAUAGUUAGGAAAUGGCAGGAAAUGGGAUACAUCUUCACCCCUGGGAAAAGAAAUAUCUCAAAGUAACACAUCCAGUACUGUACUUGUAAUGUGGAUAUAGUACUACCAACAGACAAUCUGUCAUAUUAAAAACAAAAUAGUACAAACCAUUUCAGUACCUUGGCAGUUAUGGACCCACUACGGAUGAGAGUCUGGUUGUCUUGGAUGUUGAUCUUCAGGAGGCUCUGUAGCUCCUCCAAGUCUGUCACACUAACAUGAGCGCUUUGGAAAUCAAUACAGAAAAUAUGAAUUAACUGGCAUUUAAUAAUGGUGUGUGGUGGUGUUUAAUACGUUAAAUAUAUAAAGUAUAUAGUACACUCACCCUAGUGUGGCUGCCAUCAAUCCAACCACCCCAGUGCCAGCUCCUAACUCCACCACUCUUCGGCCAGCCCACAAGUUCACUCCUGAGGAUGGAUCGUGAAAUAGCUUCGUUUCUAAAUACUUUGCAAGAACAAUGGCUGCGUCCCAAACCACGCAACCCACGUCCCCCAUGUAACACUGAUUCACUUUCAAGACCGAACCGUCAUUUAGCUCAAUUUCUCUCACAAAAUAGUUUAGCUCACGGUGCGCCGCCAUGUUGGCUACGCCAGAGAGGAAAUAGAAGUUGUUUGGUAUUUUCAAAAUAAGAGAGCGACGUUUUGCUGGGCCAGAAUGAGACCCCGAACUAUGUUUUAGCUUUGUCAUCAUUUCGUUGUUUUUAAGAAAUGCAAUCAGCUGGAAUAGUAAAUCUGUCCAUAUAAAUCACAAACUUCUCAGCUCGUAUUUUUGAACACAUUGACGAGCAUGCGCACAUGCGAGCGCCAGACACCUGCCUCACGAGACGGCAGUAUUUUUUUUUAGCUAACAACAUCCUCUUUCAAAUGCCUUUUCUAGCAUAUUAACUUUGCAGUUGAACUAAUGACUUGGUAAAUAUAUAAAAUAUCCUGAGAAAUUUUUGACAUUAGCAAUGUUUCGUAGUAGCACAGAGGAAAUAGCAAGUACCGAUACUACAGAAAGUGGGCAGAGUUCAAACGUCACUCCGGUUGACAGAAGUGCCCCAAAUGAAACCACUUCUUACAACCCAGUGUCAGGUUCCCCCGGUUCUUCAAGUUUGGAUGGGGGCAGUACUCAUGACAGCAGUGGUCCAUCACUUCCACGUACAGCUACAGGUCACAGCUUCCAGUUCGUCAACACCAAUCCACCCCACCUUGCCUCAACCUCUGACAGUUCCUCCCUCCGCAACCGUGGAGGAACGCCAAAAUUCAGGAAGACCCCAGGUUCAGCAGGGGCCGCACAUCCUGGACAGACACCGCGAAGUGAUCACACUGCCCCUACAAGUUGCUCCUCUGCAACCACGGCGUCUGGUGCAUCUGUGAUUGUGGCAUUGGUUGAAGGCCGUGGUCUGGCCAGGGGCGAGAUCGGAAUGGCCAGCCUUAACUUGAAAUGUCCAGAGCUUGUACUCUCUCAGUUUGCAGACACUGGAACCUAUGCUAAGGUUAUAACCAAGGUGCAUAUCUUGUUGCCAAUGGAGAUACUGAUGCCAGACACCGCUAGUGAGAAGGGAAAAGGGACGAAGCUGUUCAGCCUCAUCACAGAGAACUUUCAGGGUGUUGCUUUUACUGCAAUCCAAAGGAAAUAUUUUAAUGAGAAGAAGGGGCUAGAAUACAUCCAGCAGCUUUGUGCUCCAGAAUUCAGCACUGUCCUCAUGGAAGUUCAAGCCAAAUAUUAUUGCCUAGCGUCUGCAGCUGCAUUGCUGAAGUAUUUAGAGUUUAUUCAGAACUCUGUGUAUGCUACCAAGUCGCUCAAAGUUAGCUUUAAAGGCAGCGAACAGACGGCUAUGAUCGACUCGGCAUCAGCCAGUAACAUGGAGCUGGUAGUCAAUAACAGAGACCACAGGAGCGAUCAUACACUUUUAGGUGUCCUUAACCACACGAAAACCCUCGGUGGCGCCAGAAGGUUACGCUCUAAUAUUCUGGAGCCUUUGGUCGAUGUAGACACCAUCAACAUACGCUUGGACGCCAUUGAGGAGAUGCUGCAGAAUGAAGAGUUGUUCUUCGGAUUGAGGAAUGCCAUAGGUCAUUUCCUUGAUAUUGACCAGUUGCUCUCUGUUCUGGUGCAGGUGCCCAAACAAGAAACGGUUAUAAUUGCAGAAGCCAAGAUUGCACACGUCAUUCAGUUGAAACACACUUUGGAUCUGGUGCCACAGUUGAAGGUGGUGUUGAAGAACUGCAACACAGCUCUCCUCAAGGCCUACACGACAUCAUUGGAGGACAGCAGGUUUGACAUGAUUUUGAAGCAGAUCCACACCGUCGUUAACGAUGACACCACCUAUCUGAAGGGGAGCCUCAACAUGCGCAUGCAGAAGUGCUACGCCGUGCGCCCCAACAUCAACGAGUUCCUUGACAUUGCCCGUCGAGCUUAUACGGAAAUUGUGGACGACAUUGCAGGAUUAGUGAACCAGACGGCGGAGAAAUAUGGUUUUCCCAUGCGCACCAGCUUUAGCACAGCUCGCGGUUUCUUCAUUCAGAUGAAACUGGAAGGAAUGUUCUUGCCUGAAGGGAAACUUCCUCCGGAGUUCAUCAAGGUCACCAGACACAAGGACAACUACGGCUUCACAACCACGGACCUGAUGAAGAUGAAUGACCGCUGUGAUGAAGCCCUGAGGGAAAUCUUUCACAUGUCCUAUGUGGUGAUAUGUCAACUGCUCAGCACAAUCCGUGAGCACAUCCACUGCCUUUACAAACUGUCUGAUGCUGUAUCUAUGCUGGAUAUGCUGCUGUCGCUGGCAAACGCGUGCACCCUCUCAGACUAUGUGCGUCCAGAGUUCACAGACACACUUGCCCUCAAGCAGGGUCGUCACCCAAUCCUGGAGAGAAUGGCUGGACAACAGCUUGUAUCCAACAACUGCUACGUCUCUGAGGGCAGCAACUUUGUCAUCAUCACUGGGCCAAAUAUGAGUGGGAAAUCCACAUAUCUGAAACAGGUGGCGCUGUGUCAGAUCAUGGCUCAAAUAGGUUCUUUUGUCCCUGCAGAGUAUGCCUCUUUUCGUGUCGCUGAUCAAAUCUUCACCAGAAUUGGCGUGGAUGACGAUUUCGAAACCAGCUCUUCUACGUUCAUGUUAGAAAUGAAAGAGAUCUCAUAUAUAAUCCACAACGUUAGUGACCGGUCCCUCAUCAUAAUUGAUGAGCUGGGCCGUGGCACCAGUGCUGAGGAAGGCAUCGGGAUGUGUCACUCGGUUUGUGAGUUUCUUCUCAACCUCAAGGCCUUCACUCUGUUUGCCACACACUACCUUGAGCUGUGCCAGCUGGAGUCUCUGUAUCCCAACGUGGAGAACCAGCACAUGCAGGUUCAGCAUACACGCGCUCGUGGCGCUGGUACUGAGAGUGUGGUGUACACGCACUUAUUGAGUCAAGGAUGCUCUGAGGAAAGACACUACGGUCUCAGAGCAGCAGAAAUGACCUCAUUCCCUUCAAGCAUAAUCCAGGAGGCAAAAGAAUUUGCCGCCAAAGUCAGCAAGCAGCUUUUGGCCAAACGUAAGAGUGAUCCGGAAAUAGAGAGACAGCGUGCUCUGUACUGCUUGGCCACACGCCUCCUGCAGACUGCCAGAAACUCCAGACUUGACCCGGACAGCUUGCGCAUGUAUCUGAAGGGCCUGAGGAGGCAGUAUGAUGCAGAGCUCGAGGCUGCAGGGCUGCCAGGACCCAUGGACAGUUAAAAGAGUAAUACAAUCUUCAUGAUGAUGAACAGCUGACCCAGACUCACAUCACAAUGGAACAUGAACAUACAAUUGUUUAGUUUGCCAUUUACUGCUACUGUAUGGAUGAUUGAUGACAUUCAGGAAAUGGGCGGAAAUUUAAGUGAGAUGUUACCAAGCUGAAAUGUCAAUUAAAAAACUAUUUUUAUUUU